GUCCUUGAGUUUCUUUGUAUACCAAAAAAAACAAAAAACAAAAAACAAAACUUGGGAUUUGGUAAUGGGAUCUCCUGUGAGAAUAGAUGUGCUAGGAUGGUCGGACACAUUAGCAGACUAUGGGUUAUUUCUGGUGAUGGCAUACUUGACCAAGUGGUGGGAGUUCAACUUCAGGCAUGCAGCUGCCAUUGUCAAUGUCUUUUGGGGCUUCACUGCCAUACUCCCCAUUCCAAUCAGAUUUUUCAGAAAUUGUAAAUCGAUUCCUGACCGUUGGAUGGUUUUCAUUCCCAACUUAGCCUACAGUCUUGGAUUAGGGCUUUUGUUAUUCUCAUCCCUAGAAAAGAAACAUAAAGACAUAAAAGUUAGAGAAAAGCAAAUGACAUCGUUCUAUGCCUCAUUACCUCUCAUAGCAGUGGCUAAAUCUGGUUAUGUAAUUUCAUUACAAAAGCUCAUCGAUGAUGAAAUACAUGGUGUUGUUGAUAUAGUCAAGCACAAGUCCAUGCGUAUUGGAGUUACAUUCCUUAUAAAUAUACUUGGAUUGACAAUAUCUUACUUAAUGAAGCAAUGGUCAACAAGAUUUGAAAUCCCAGCAUUGUGUAUGGCAGUGGCAACCCUAAUUUUCUUGACUGGCUUUCGUUCAUAUGGCCGAGAAAGUACAGGUCUCUUCACCAAACUCUGCAACAUAGUCCUCAAGCUCCUCAUUAAAAUUGUUAAUCUCAUGAAUGCCGUGCUUGACUUUUGCAAAAAUAUUGCGUUCUGCCCCUUAAGAUUAUUGUGUUGCUGCUUUUUUAAGAAAACCCAAGAAUCGGAGCAGAACAAUGACACAAUUUCGAGGAUAGAUGCAACCAAAUUCAUCAUUUCAUUAUUUCCAAUAUGCUUGUUAGGGUUGAUAUCUUCCUUGGGAAAUACUUAUUUCCUUGAGCAAGCAUACUCAAUGAAUCAAAAAAUAGGAUUUUUCAAGGUACCUUAUGUCUUACUCCUAAGUAUGUACAAACUCGGUAACUAUUUGUUACCAAAAUUAUAUUUUGAGACUGUAGAUUCCUGUGUUCCUUCUUGUUGCACAAGCUUAAAAAAGGCGCUCAACCGCAUUGGAAUGGUGUUAUCGUUGUUGUGCGCCUUACUAUGUUGUGUAAUUGCUGGUGGAGUUGAGAGUAAGAGAAUUGAGAUGACUAAAGGAGAAUCACCGGUUGAGAUGCAUAUGCUCUACCUUGUUCCACAAUUUUUUCUUCUUGGAGGGUUGUAUGGGUUGGCAUUUGAAAGCAUUGAGAGGUUCUUUAAGGAUCACCAAACCCCACAGAGCCUGGAGCCAUACAUGGUUGAUUCAACAGUUGGUGUAUUUGGUUUAGGGAACAUUGGUAGUGUCUUGUUAGUUUAUUUAGUAUCAAAGUAUACUGCAAAAAACGGCACAAGUUGGUUUGACAAAACUAUAAACACUAGUCGUUUGGAUAAAUAUUAUUGGCUUCUAAGUGUGUGGAUAACUAUCAAUAUAGUUUGGUACUUGCUUGUGUCAAUUCUAUGUCGUCCUAAAGAGAAGUCAGCAACACCACCAAGGUCAUCAAAUGAAAAAGAAAAAGAAGAUUUGUGUCACUCUUUGGCAAAGUUGGCCAGGAAAUGUUGUAUUUUUCUCAAAUGUUUGCCAGAAAAAGUUCCCGAUUGCUGUUGUUUCUCAUGUUGCUGCUGUUGCUGUUCAAACUCUGGUGAUCCAAGGAAAAAUAAUUAUAGGGCAGAACAACUAGCAACAUAGUUUGCAGCCCAAAAUAAAAAAACUAAUUGCCUUUUCAGUUUGAUAUUGUAUGAUCCAUAUCCAUGUCUUAGUUGUGAGAGUUUCUAUUAUGCAACUUGUGAUAUAUAUAUAUAUUUUGUUUUGUUUUAAUUCAAGCCAUACCAACUUAUUGUAAUUAAUUCAGCAUAACAUUUUAUAUCUUUAUGUAUUAGUUGAAAAUA